AGUUGCUCACUCCGCCGCUCUGCUUCAGUUCCACUUUUCAAAUUUAUUAGCAGCAAAAGCAAUCAACAUCCUACACUCCUACUUUCCCUUUCUCUCUUCCUUCUUUCCGCUUUAUUCCAUCAACAGAAUUCAAGAACUGUCACUUCUCUGUAUUUGCUACUCUGUACCUAUGAUUCUUCCUGAAUUCAUGGUGUAGAGUUCCUUCUUUACUGGGCCGCCUUGCCAUGUCCGCUCCUGCGCCGGGAGCCUCCCCAGCUCCCGCUUCUCCGCCGUCCAACACCACUUCUCCACCACCCGCGCCUGCAGUUCGGCAGCCGCCUCCUAUACCGGUGGCAUCUCCCCCAUCAACUUCCCCGCCGCCAGAGCCUGCUCCCGCCACUCCUCCUCCAAAAUCCACGCCUUCUCCGCCUUCUGCAACCCCACCUCCGACUAUCGUCCCUCCAUCUCCACCAUCCUCCACCGCUCCAUCUGGAUUGCCGCGCUCUCCGUCGCCGCCGGGUGGUGGUUCACCACCGUCGCAUUCGGGUAGGGAGUCUCCUCCAGCGCCUGCAGGUAGAGGUUCUCCACCCGCGCAUUCGGGUAGGGGGCCUCCGACGACGCCGUCGGGAUCAACGCCGGCGUCUCCUGGUGGUGGGUCAUCAGGGAUAUCGACAGGGUUGGUUGUGGGGAUAGCAGUAGCAGGUGUGCUCAUACUAGCUGUUCUAAGUCUGCUGUUUGUAUGCUGCAAGAAGAAGAAGAAGAGAAGACCAGAAUCGGAUUACGAUGCGUCUCCACACCCACAGCCAGGGCCUAAAGCUGAACCAUAUGGUGGCCCUGUACAUAAUUGGCACCAUAAUGUUCCACCACCUGCUGACCAUGUGGCAGCAAUGCCGCCUAAACCUUCUCCACCACCUGUUGCUGCAUCAAAACCUUCUCAUUCACCAGUUCCUGCCCCUUCACCACCACAGCCGCCCCUUCAUCCUUACAUGAGCAGCAGUGGAGGUUCUGGUUCUGCUUAUUCAGGCCCUGAAACUCCACUUCCCCUACCAUCACCUGCCUUGGUUUUAGGCUUUUCUAGAAGCUCCUUUACAUAUGAAGAACUGGCAAGAGCAACUGAUGGCUUCUCAAAUGCAAACCUUCUUGGGCAAGGUGGUUUUGGUUAUGUGCACAGGGGAGUCCUUCCAAAUGGUAAAGAGGUAGCAGUGAAGCAGAUGAAAGCUGGGAGUGGACAGGGGGAACGGGAAUUCCAGGCUGAGGUUGAGAUCAUCAGCAGAGUGCAUCACAAACAUCUUGUGUCCUUGGUUGGAUACUGCAUCACUGGGACUCAGAGACUGCUUGUAUAUGAGUUUGUGCCAAAUAACACAUUGGAAUUUCAUUUGCAUGGAAGGGGGAGACCAGCAAUGGGUUGGUCCACACGCUUGAAGAUUGCUCUAGGUGCUGCAAAAGGACUUGCAUAUCUGCAUGAGGAUUGUCAUCCAAAAAUUAUUCAUAGGGAUAUCAAGGCAUCUAAUAUUCUUUUGGACUUCAACUUUGAAGCAAAGGUUGCAGAUUUUGGUCUUGCAAAGUUCUCUUCUGAUACAAAUACUCAUGUUUCUACACGAGUGAUGGGAACUUUUGGGUAUCUGGCACCGGAGUAUGCUUCCACUGGAAAACUUACUGAAAAGUCUGAUGUAUUCUCCUUUGGGGUCGUGCUUCUGGAGUUGAUUACUGGACGACGACCUGUUGAUAAAGAUCAACCUUUCACAGAUGAUAGUUUGGUAGACUGGGCUAGGCCCUUGCUCACACGAGCUCUUGAAGACGGAAACUUUGAUGUUCUCGUUGAUCGACGAAUACAAAAUGACUACAAUCACAAAGAGAUGGCUAGCAUGGUGGCCUGUGCUGCUGCUUGCGUACGCCAUUCAGCUAAGCGUCGGCCGAGAAUGAGCCAGGUUGUCAGGGCCUUAGAAGGAGAUGUAUCCCUAUCUGAUCUGAAUGAAGGAAUAAGACCCGGACAUAGCACAACGUACAGUUCAUACGAUAGCUCAGACUAUGAUACCAGGCAAUACAAUGAAGACAUGAUAAAGUUCAGGAAAAUGGCUCUGGCAAGCCAAGAAUACAGAAGUAGCGACCUAUAUAGCAACCCAACCAGCGAGUAUGGGUUAUAUCCGUCUGGCUCAAGUAGCGAAGGUCAACAAACUAGAGAAAUGGAGAUGGGAAACAUGAAAAAGGGCAGUGGAGGUUUCAGUGCCGACCCCUAAUAACCGAUGCCUAUUUCCCCGUAUAGUAUCUUUUCUUAGCGCUUCGUGUUUGAAAGACGUCGGGUAUUUUGCUUGCAUACACAACUUAUAUCUUUUCUCCUUUUCAAUUCUUGGUUUCAAUAUUGUCAUUUUGUUCCAAAUGUGUUCAUAAUGUGGCUUGUAUAGUAUAACAUAGUUCAAAUUCUUUGUAUUUGAUGCUCACCGGUACCUGUCCUUAAGUUAUUUUACUUGAUCACUGUUUCUGGGCUGGAUAGGGUGAGUUGGGUUGGGAUCUGCCCAUGAGGAGAUGACAAGGGAUUGCAACCUUGAAAGAUUUUCGUCUGAAUUGUUUCAAUUUCGGGAUUUUUUAUCCCACUUGGCAUUAAAGUCUGACAUGUCGGAUGA